UUCAACAUAGGUAGUUCCAUCCUCCUGAAGACACAAACAUCGGCUGCAUAUACUGUUUUUUUUGGAGGAAAACAACAGAAUCCUUCUCCUACAAAGAAAGUCGCAGCUGUCGAGCUCUUUAUACCAUUUCUUUUGUCGCAAAAUUCAGAAGCGGCAAACGGCGGGAAGGUCGGAUCUCGGACUGCCUGUUUCCGAUUCGAGCGCGGACGGAUCUUGGGGCGUUAGCGGCAGUUAUCCGAGCUGCCAGGAGUUGUGUCGUCCAACCACCAUCUCUUCACAGCGUUUACUCACCGAUACCGAUAUGUGUUCCGAGAGCGCUAUAGGCCUUGGGUACUUAUAGUCACCUAAGGAGAUCCCUGUUGGGACCAACAACCUCUCGUUCUUGCCCCGAGACUAUGUCUUCGUCAACUGCCUCGACGUCCACACCGGAAUUCAAAUCUCUCAACGUCGCCAUUAUUGGUGGUGGGAUCGGUGGUCUCGCAGCUGCUGUUUCUCUGAGACGGGCAGGUCAUGCCGUGACCAUAUACGAGCGGUACGACUAUGCUGGUGAAGUCGGCGCAUCCAUCUCCUGCGCGAACAAUGGUACGAAGUGGCUGUUCGAGUGGGGAGUGGACGUUCAGAAGGCAAAGCCUGUGACGCUCAGGAACUUAAUCAUGCACGACUGGAAAACCGGGAACGUCAUCAACGAGUAUCCUCUCAAGGACUACAAGGAGAAAUGGGGGACCGAAUACUAUAUGUUCCACCGUCAAGAUAUCCAUGCCGUUUUGAAGGAGACCGCUCUCAUGGAUGAGGGAGAAGGUAUUCCAGUAACGCUGGUCGUCAAUCACCGUGCGAAGGCGAUCGACUGUGAGGCUGGUAAGGUUACCUUCGAGGACGGCACCACCAUCGAGGCCGACCUGAUCGUUGGCGCGGACGGUAUUCGUAGCGUUACCCGUUCUGAAAUCGGCGUUGUCCCAGACAUGAAACCCGCCUCCGUUGCGUGCUAUCGUUGUAACAUCCUCACCAAAACAUGCCACGAACUCGGUCUGAAGGACUUCGCCGAAACCGAGGCCAUCGAUUAUUGGGGCGGUUGGCCCAGCGGCGAAAAGGAAGAUUCGCAGUAUUACAAGAUCGUCCUUGCUGGCUGUCGCGGUGGCGAGGUCCUUUCUUUCUACAACUUCAUGCCCGCGCAUCUUACCACUCAGCGGAAAGAAGGUUUCCGAUAUGAGGAAGUGACGGUCGAGGAGAUGAUCAAGAACUACGGUGAUCUUGACCCCAAGGUUCUUGCGAUGCUGGAGAACUCAUUCGACCGAAUGCCGUGGCGUUUGUAUGUCCAUCAGGAGUACCCGUAUUGGAGUAAGGGUAAGGUGACAUUACUCGGCGAUGCCGCACACCCCAUGCUUCCCAACCAGAGCCAGGGAGCUGUCCAGGCACUCGAAGAUGCUGCUGCUCUCGGUAUCACCUUCUCACGAAAAUACGGCUAUACGACACCGGGUAACGUCGAACGCGGUCUGAAGAUAUACGAGCGUGUUCGUAAGCCUCGUGCAUGGAGGGUGCAGGAUGCUAGUGUUCGGGCGACCGAGAACAUGAAUGAGAGGAUUGGAUUCUCAUCGACGCCAUGGUCGCAAACUAAGCAUACCACAACGGGUGUGCUUACUAUCGACGAGAUGAACCUUUAUGACAUGAAGAAGGACGUCGAGUUCAAAUCUCAGGAUCUUCCUGCUCUGUAGACGGUGUAUCGACGGCUCGCUCGUCUUUCAUAUAGACUAUAUAUAUUCACCUCGCCGGAGCUUUGGUCGGCUCACAUUGUGUUUCACCUCAUCCUCAGUACACACCCAUCAUUGUAUUGCAACAUGUCUUUGUAUAUUGACGUGGUAGAAUCAACU